CUCUCUCCCAGCUCGUCACUGUGUCUCCCGUUGCUCUGUAUUUAUAAGGCGCCCCGGUGCGCGGAAAAGGCACAAGCAUGCCUCGUCUCUAGAGAGGCAGAGCGCUGCUGCUGCUGCUGCUGCCGCGACUUGGAGACGUUUCUUUUUUUAUUUUUUUAUUUGGAUGAAAGAUCUGUGCAGCCGCUGUUAAAGGGAAGAGACACGGGGAGCGCAGGAGUUUCAUUCCAAGUUCACUGCAGCAGGUCGUUGUGACAGCGACCUCGCUCUCAGGGAAACAUCCCUGGGGACACAAACACCUGCAAGCGCGCAUAAUCACACACAGGCAACAUGCAGGAAUCGGAGCCUACAGUGUGCCAGCUGCAGCCCAACAUCAUCUCUGUGCGCCUUUUCAAGAGGAAGGUCGGCGGUCUGGGCUUCCUGGUGAAGCAGAGGGUGUCCAAGCCACCUGUCAUCGUGUCAGAUCUGAUCCGAGGCGGAGCGGCGGAGGAGUGCGGCCUGGUGCAGGUGGGCGACAUCGUGCUGGCUGUCAACAACAAGCCCCUGGUGGACCUGUCCUACGAGCGAGCCCUGGAGACGCUGAAGAAUGUCCUGCCUGAGAGCCACGCCGUGCUGAUCCUCCGCGGGCCCGAGGGCUUCACCACCCACCUGGAGACCACCCUGUCUGGAGAUGGCCGCCAGCGCACAGUGAGGGUCACGCGCCCCACCUUCCCGGCCUCCAAGUCCUACGAGCACUGGUCCCCUCUGAGCGCACUCAGCCCCGGGCAGCAGCAGCAGGUCAACAAGGAGCCCCAGCUCCGGGCCAUCGAGAACCUGUCCUCUCCGUCCAUCACCCAGUCCCUCCUGCAGAGGGGAGGCGUGCAGGGCCAGGACCCUCUGCUGAUGAGGGACGGUAGCCGCGGAGGCCUCCUGUGCAACGGGCUGGAGGAGAACAAUGAGCUGCUGAAGGAGAUCGAGCCGGUGCUGCGCCUCAUCAAAAACAGCAAAAAGGAGAUCAAUGGUGAAGGCCAGAGGAAUGCUGGGAGAAGAGAUGCCGAGAUUCAAGUGGCCUGGGACCUUGGCGUGGGAAACGGCACGUCCCCCCAGCUGGCGCCAGAUAACGACAGAAUGCUGGAAAACAUGCCGGUGGUGCUCAACAAAGCUGACAGUGACAAGCCUCCGGCCCAAGGCAGGACCUCACCCAUUAAGUCGCUGCAGAAUGGCAGCCCCUCCAAAUGCCCCCGCUUUAUAAAGAUCAAGAACUGGGAGACUGGCACCAUCUACAGCGACGUGCUCCACCACAACUCCAGCAAGAUGCCAAUCUGCACAGAAAACGUGUGCAUCGGCUCCGUGAUGAUGCCCAACCAGCACGUCCGCAAACCAGACGAGGUCAGAACCAAAGAGGAGCUUCUUCGGCUGGCCACUGACUUCAUAGACCAGUACUACACCUCCAUCAGAAGGUAUGGCUCGAAGGCACAUGUGGACCGGCGAGAGGAGGUGACCAAGGAGAUCGAAGCUUCAGGAACUUAUCAGCUGAAAGACACUGAGCUCAUUUAUGGAGCUAAACAUGCCUGGAGGAAUGCUGCCCGAUGUGUGGGGAGGAUCCAGUGGUCCAAACUACAGGUGUUUGAUGCCAGAGACUGCACAACAGCCCAUGGAAUGUACAACUACAUCUGCAACCACAUCAAGUACGCCACCAACAAAGGCAACCUGAGGUCGGCCAUCACCAUAUUCCCUCCGAGGACAGAUGGCAAACAUGACUUUCGAGUGUGGAACAGUCAGCUGAUUCGUUAUGCAGGCUACAAGCAACCUGACGGACAGAUCCUGGGAGAUCCUGCUAAUGUUGAAUUCACAGAGAUCUGCAUGCAGCUCGGAUGGAAAGCUCCGAAGGGUCGUUUUGAUGUCCUGCCCCUCCUGCUGCAAGCCAACGGAAAUGACCCCGAGCUGUUUGAGAUCCCCGAAGACCUCAUUCUGGAGGUGCCGAUCACACACCCAAAGUAUGAGUGGUUCAAAGACCUGGACCUGAAGUGGUACGGACUCCCGGCAGUUUCCAACAUGUUGCUGGAGAUCGGUGGUCUGGAGUUCACCGGCUGCCCCUUCAGUGGCUGGUACAUGGGCACAGAGAUUGGUGUGAGGGACUUCUGCGACAGCUCGCGCUACAAUAUUCUGGAGGAGGUUGCUAACAAGAUGGCCUUAGACACCAGGAAGACUUCAUCCCUUUGGAAAGACCAGGCACUGGUGGAGAUCAACAUUGCUGUUCUCUACAGCUUCCAGUCCUGCAAAGUGACCAUAGUCGACCAUCAUUCAGCCACAGAGUCCUUCAUGAAGCACAUGGAAAACGAGUAUCGGGUUCGAGGAGGUUGUCCUGGAGACUGGGUGUGGAUAGUUCCUCCCAUGUCAGGAAGCAUCACGCCGGUUUUUCACCAAGAAAUGCUCAAUUACCGCCUCACCCCGUCCUUUGAGUACCAGCCUGAUCCCUGGAAUACCCAUGUGUGGAAAGGAGUCAACGGGACGCCCACUAAGAAAAGAGCCAUCGGAUUCAAGAAACUCGCCAAGGCUGUGAAGUUUUCAGCGAAGCUCAUGGGCCAAGCCAUGGCCAAGAGGGUUAAAGCCACCAUACUGUUCGCCACAGAGACGGGCAAAUCGCAAGAUUAUGCCAAAACUCUGUGUGAAAUCUUCAAGCACGCCUUUGACGCAAAGGUCAUGUCCAUGGAUGAAUAUGAUGUGGUGGAUCUGGAGCACGAGACGCUGGUUUUAGUGGUGACCAGCACAUUUGGAAACGGAGAUCCACCUGAGAAUGGAGAAAAAUUUGGAGCUGCCUUAAUGGAAAUGCGCCACCCAACAUCCAACACAGAGGACAGAAAGAGCUACAAGGUCCGUUUCAACAGCGUGUCCUCUUACUCUGAUACUCGGAAGUCCUCCAGCGAUGAACCGGAGGCCAGGAUUAACUUUGAGAGCACUGGACCCCUCGCUAAUGUCAGGUUCUCAGUGUUUGGCCUUGGCUCCAGGGCCUACCCACACUUCUGCGCCUUUGCCCACGCUGUGGACACACUGUUUGAAGAGCUGGGGGGUGAGCGCAUCCUACGCAUGGGAGAAGGAGAUGAGCUGUGUGGCCAGGAGGAGUCAUUCAGAACAUGGGCCAAGAAAGUUUUUAAGGCUGCCUGUGACGUGUUCUGUGUUGGCGACGACGUGAACAUUGAGAAGGCCAACGACUCCUUGAUCAGCAAUGAUCGCAGCUGGAAGAAGAGCAAGUUCCGCCUAACGUACACAGCCGAGGCCCCAGUCCUCACCGAAGCAUUGUAUAAUAUUCACAAGAAGAAAGUUUAUGGAGCAAAGAUGCUUGAAUCGCAAAACUUACAAAGUCCCAAAUCCAAUCGUUCCACCAUAUUUGUGCGGCUCCACGCAAACAACCACGACAGCCUGCGCUACAAACCCGGCGACCAUCUGGGCAUCUUCCCUGGCAACCACGAGGACCUGGUGACAGCUCUCAUAGAUAAGCUGGAGGACGCUUCACCUGUCAAUCAAAUAGUCAAAGUGGAGUUCCUGGAGGAGAGGAACACGGCUCUAGGUGUGAUCAGUAACUGGACCAAUGAGACUCGUAUCCCUCCCUGCACCAUCUACCAGGCUUUCCAGUACUUCCUGGACAUCACCACCCCACCGAGCCCCGUGCUGCUGCAGCAGUUUGCUUCUCUGGCAACCAAUGACAAACAGAAAACGAAACUAGAGAUCCUCAGUAAGGGCUUGCAGGAGUAUGAAGAGUGGAAGUGGUACAACAAUCCCACGCUGGUGGAGGUGAUGGAGGAGUUCCCCUCCAUCCAGAUGCCCUCCACCCUCCUACUCACCCAGCUGCCCCUGCUUCAGCCUCGCUACUACUCCAUCAGCUCCUCUCCAGACCUGCACCCAGGAGAGAUCCACCUCACAGUGGCUGUGGUCUCCUAUCGUGCCAGAGAUGGAGAGGGGCCUGUCCACCAUGGAGUAUGUUCGUCGUGGCUCAACAGGAUAGAGAAGGGGGAGAUGGUGCCAUGUUUCGUCCGAGGUGCACCAUCAUUCCAACUUCCCAAAGACAACCAAGCACCGUGUAUCCUGGUGGGUCCAGGAACAGGUAUCGCCCCAUUCAGAAGCUUCUGGCAGCAAAGACUAUACGACCUUGAGCACAACGGAAUUGAGUCAUGCCCCAUGAUCCUGGUGUUCGGCUGUCGGCAGUCGGAGAUGGACCACAUCUACAAGGAGGAGACCAUCCAGGCCAAGAACAAAGAGGUGUUCAAGGAGCUCUACACGGCCUAUUCCAGAGAACCCGGCAAACCAAAGAAAUACGUACAGGAUGUACUGCGAGAGCAUCUGUCACAGACGGUGUACCAGUGCCUGAGGGAGGAAGGUGGACACAUCUAUGUGUGUGGUGACGUUACAAUGGCCGGAGAUGUUCUCAAGACUGUCCAGCAAAUCAUCAAGCAGCAGGGCAGCAUGAGCCUGGAGGAUGCUGGCUUCUUCAUCAGCAAGCUCCGGGAUGAGAACCGCUACCAUGAGGACAUCUUCGGCGUCACCCUACGCACCUACGAGGUCACCAACCGGCUUCGUUCAGAGUCCAUCGCCUACAAUGAGGAGAGCAAAAAGGACUCAGAUGAGGUUUUCUGCUUGUAGGUCGAUGAAUCAGGAGGCUUUCUGACAACAACCAGUCAAGACGACACAGUGACGCUGGUUAAAGAAUACUGUGCCAAUUUUUGUACUGUAAAAAACAAAACAAAAAGGGGUUUCUUUCUUUCUUCUUUUUUUAUACCACUUUAAUGUUUCUGUUGGGCGCUGCGAUUUUGUCUGUAGCAAGUUGGAAAUGUUCUGUUUUCUGAGAAUCUGUUUUGCUUGUCGAUGGUACUUCCAAAAAUUAUAAAUUGAUCAUUUUUGAUUCAUAAUGUGAGCACCUAGUGUAAUGACCUGCCUCAUUGUGAAUGCAUGACCAAGACACGAAUAUACUCGAAAAAAAUAUAAUAUACUCUGUGUUAAUGUUAAAAAGGCUUUUAUUGAGGUUUUAUAUUUGCAAAGAAAUGUGUGGCAUUGAUAACAAACUGACAUUUCUGUUCACUUUGCUUGUUGGGAAGGAAUCAGGACAGGUCCGAUCUAUUUGGGCUGUUUUUUUAUUGAUAUCAAAGUUAGAAAGAUGUACAGGCAUGUAGACAGAAAAACAGAAAGACAGAUGUGUUGCAAACAAAAUUUGACGUGUUGACAGGUCACCCUGAAUUAUGAAAACAGCAAUUCUGUUCCACCCUAAAUAAAUGUAUUAUCUAGCUCUUCACUGGCAAUCCAUCAAAGUGCAUCAGCCUCUGUGCCAGCGCUCUUUUCAGUGGCCUGUUUAUUCUGUCACAUCAUAAUCUUGUGUGUCCCAGCUGCUGCUUGGUCGAACCUCCAGCAGCUGCCAAGGAGCCUGACGUCAGUGCGUUUUUAAAUAAACUCAAAAAAAUAUUCAAACUUCUUCACCACUCUCAAAUUUCAGUAUCUCAGUCUUGAUGUGUUUUCACAGUGUGCUGCCAAAUCAUAUAAUCAUGCAGCUUCUUGAAUUAUAGAUAACUGAUCGAUGGCUAAAUCAUUAGUUAAUUUAAAGGAAUUGUUUGAUAUUUGGGGUGUUGUGCUUACUUUCUUGAGGAUUCCACAAAUCUGGGAGGUCAUCAGAGGGUAGCAACUGAGAUUGUUUACUGUUUUGUGUUGUGUUAAGACAAAUCCAGCUUAUUUUUUGCCACGGACAUUGUGACUAGGUUGCAUUUUUUUCAUCCAUGCAGCUUUAGCUUAACAUAAGAACUAAAAAUAGGGAACAGCUGUACAAAUGUAACAAUAUAAUGCACCAUAAAUACAUUAAGGCAUUAUAUCGUGUUCUUUUAACAGGCAACAAAACGAUCUGGCAGACUUUUUAUCCCUUAACCCUCGACAUUUAACUGCAAUUUACAAAUUCUAUGCAUGAGUUUCUGCACUAAAGCUAAUGCAGCACGCUAAUUAGUGAGCUUUAAAUGCGCUUGCAGGAAUUUGCUACCUGUUUAAAGAGCCAGGCUGGUUGUUUUCCGUUUCCAGUCGACUAAUUGGCUCCUCAUCAUAUUUACUGGAAGCAGGAUGGUGAUAUCAGUCGAAAAAGUAAGCAUCUUCUCACUUUAAACGUGACAUAUCUGCGAAAAGGACGCUGCCCAGAUCAUAUCCGACGGCUGUCAGCUCGUCCUAUUCAUCAACAGCAUUCUCUGCCUCUUGCCUUACAUUAACUACUUGCCUACAUUCAUUCUUUCUGUAGUCUCUGUUGCAUGUUUUUUAUUUUGUGUUUCCCUGUGGCUCAUGUGCCACCUCUUCACUGUGACCUGACACCUGCUCAGUGGCAUCAGCACUGUGUGUGUGUGUGUGUGUGUGCGUGCGUGCAAACGUGUGCCCUAGAAAACCAUCUCUAUACGAGUGGGUGUGAACAUGCAUGAUCUCAGGUGUGUGUUUUUGACAUUAGUUACUCUGCUCGUCGUCUGUUACCUUGUCAAACUGGUCGGAUUUUAAACUAAGCAUGAUAUUCGAGUCACACAAGCCUGCAAAGUUAAUCUUACGGACGAUAACGGGCCCACUUGGCUUGAUGUUUUUUCUGAUCUUUAGCAGCUCAGUUGUUCAAAUUCCAACUGCCGCUUUGGUCAUUUGCUGCUUUCCAAUGAGUCAGGGUUGUGAUUUGAAAAUAUUCGCGCAGGGUUUUUUGAGCGCCAACUCUGGAUUAAUGCUUUUUCUCGUCAGCUUCUGAGUCCUGUUUAUUUCCUUUCUUUGUCAAAUUAAAGAUAGCUGUCAGCAUGAUUCAAUGAUUUCAAUGUGAUUUUUAAAUGUCCCGAACAGCUGCUGAGGGUAUGUUUUUUUUGUGUAUUUCUUUUCUUAUUAGUGGGAUAUAAUGGGUGAUUCCCGUUGUCCCCACUGUUCAUUCUGGAUGAAUGUCUCCUCUAUAUGAUUUGUUUAAACUUGGUUUCGUUGAACUGGAAUGAGAGCCGUCAAGAAAAUGUCUGUGAUGUAAAAUGUGCAACAAGAAAAGAAUUGAUACAAGAUAUAGCUUCUAUAUAUAGCUUCUAUAUAUAUAAAUAUAUAUAUAUAUAUUAAAAGACAAAGUAUAAACUAUAAAGAGUACCACUUCAAUCUUUUGUAAGAAUGUAUUUUGAUUAUGUAAAUGAGCACUAUGAUUCUGCUUGAUUUGAAAAGAACAAAAAAAAUGGCCUAUUCUAUAUGGUGUCACUCAUAUCCUUUAGGUAUGAGGAUAAAACAGUGGCAUUAAAUAAAUGCAUGGUGAUCUUCUGUCUCCUGUUGAUAUUUAAGAAGCUCUGUCUAUUUACCAGCACUGUGUCAGUCAGUGAGACUGUAUCGUGAGGUUGUCCGGCCUUUCUCACUGGGCUUUGGAUUGGUAACAACAUUCUCGAGGGGGGUUUUCUCUUUCUGUGUUUGCAUAUCGCUGCUGCUAUGAACAACUCUGAUCCAAUCAGCCUCUGCUAUAAUGACCUUUGUUGUGUACUUGAUUGAGGAUAUUCCAUUUUAAUGCAUCAACUGCAAGGACUUUGCAUUUACUUACGAAUAAAGAGAAACAUUUACAGAAUAUGUAAACACUAUUCGCUUGGUUUGUUGUGUGUUUCUUGUUUAUGUGAGAUAGAAACCGGACUGGAAAGGUUUAUGGUUCGUGUAUAUUUUGGCAAUUGGAUUUUCCGUUCUGAAAUGGGUAUUGAAAAACAAAACGAGUGGUUAUUUGAUUUUCGUUUUAAAAUACAAAAAAUAAAAUUGAAAUACAAGGUGUUUUUCCUUUUCAUGAUCAAAAAGGGAUAUACGAAAUAUUAAAAAUGCUUUGAUUUUGAUUUUGUAUUUAGAAUAACAAAAAAAUAAAAUCAGUAAGAGACAAACAAAAAACGGUCCGUUUUCUCAUUUUCUCAGACCGGAAGUGGUCAUCAGCAACUGUGGAGCCAAACGACAGCAAGAUUCUCAGGGGGCGGAGCCAGAGAGCAGUGAUUGGUCAGACUGACUGAGAGCCAGAGAGCAGAGAUUGGUCAGACCAUAGAUAUCUAUAGAAGACAGGGCGCUAGCGUAUCUAGUCUGCUAUGUAUAUCUAUGGUCGGUACGUCUGGUAGCAUCUCUGGCUGCUGUUGACCUUGUUUUUGGAGUAAAACACGGUAAGAAGAUAAAUACUUUGAACCAGUAGCGUUUUUUUGUUGUACGUUAAGUCAGCGACUUGUGAAGAGUUGUGUUUUGUCGUGUUUGAGCAGUUGGUCCGGACCGUUAGCUAGCUAAGCGGCUAAGUUAGCUAGCGGGCUAAUUAACACUGGUGGCUAACUUACUGCUGAACACCUGUGUUAGUUGCUACUGCAGCUGUCCUCAUUAUUAGAAUGACCUUCUCAACCUGUAUUUCUCUGCUGUGUAUUUUAGCUUUAAAAAAAGUUAUUUUACUUUAAGGUUAACUGAAACCCGUUCAGCUGCACUGAAGUUUAACAUUCAGCUGGUUUGAAUUAAACCGCGCUUAACAUUGCACAUUACCUCUCUGAAUCUCCAUAAUUUCAUUAAAUUCCUUUUCUCUCCCACUGCUCAAGUUCAAUCCAGUAUAUAAAGUGAUAUUAAUAAUGAAUAACAUAACAACCAGCCAUUGUAUUUAUUUAUUAUUGCAUGUAUUUGUAGUAAAACAUGAGAUGAAACAUCCUACUUUUGGAUCUAGAACUGUACAAGCCUGUUUAUUUUCAGUCACCUGACGAGUUAAACUCCCCUUUUUAUGUGAGGUUGAAGUAGAAAGUCUGAGAUAACAAAGAAAGUUGUUUAUAAUUUGCGAUACCUGUCAUCUCUGACUGAGGCUUUAGUUUUUUUUUUUAGCUGAUUUACACGUACAAACUUUGUUCAGGAAGAUUUCUCAGUAGCUCAGAGGACAGGCUACUUUUUAUACAACCUUGUAAGAGAAUGUCUGUCAAUGCUUUCAGCAGAAUUUAGAAACACAACACUUCCUAAACAGAUAUUUUGAGGCUGUGAGGUUGAACGUUUGAGAGUAUAUCAGUGUGUUUGUUUGUGGUCUUUCUGUUUCUAGGUGGAAGCUGAAUUAGUGAGGAUGACUCCUGCUCCUGUCAUCUCUAAGCUCCUCACACAUCUUUACCUGCACAUGAGGAAAAUCACUCCUGUAGAAUGCAGGUAUGUUUGUCAUUAUUAUAAAAAGAUGUUGCCUGGUGACCUGUCAGAAACCCAUUAUACAGAGUCAGCCAAAAUAAUGUUUACACACAUCAGGAAAAGAAAAACUUGCAUAAAUAUUUCAAUACCAAAUUUAUUCACACAUCACCAGAUUAAUAAAAGUUAUAUUUGGCCUCUACAAUUACAAGAGGUGCUGAAAGUGGAGGCCACUGGCUUCCAGACAUUUCUGUUGUGUUGUAGACGUCACUUGUUGAUGCUCCAUUCAUGAGGGUAGCGCCAUCUGUUGGGAAAACAUCGUACAACAGGACACGCAGUUAUCGUGAUUUGAUCAAACUUAGAAAGAGGUAUCUGUACGUGUAGAAGUACUUAUACAAAUGAAAUAUUUAUAAAAGUUUUUCUUUUCCACAAUGAAUGAAUUCCUAAAACACUCUCAAUGCUGGAGAGCGUUUGUGAUGCUGAAGCAGUGACCAGUUUUUCUGUUUCUUCUCUGGAGAUGCACAAUGAGGGACGUCUGCAGCGACUGAGAAAGAGUCUCACCACAUCCUUACAUGAGGAAAAAGACUUUUUUGAAGACUACAAUAAGAAAAACUAUACAGCAGACGGCUGCAUUCAAGGUGAGCUCUGAACAUUUGAUCUGGAACAGGAAUUCAAUAACGGCAGCAUGAGCUUCAUUUCAGUCUGUAGCUGCUGAAUUCAUGGAUGAAUCAUCUGGCACUAGAGAGGAAGACCAUCAAACAUCCACGUCAGCUGAUGAAGGUCCAAGAGUCUCACCAAACAAACAACCUACAGAGUGAAGACCUCCAAUCUGAUUGGACGGCCUCCUAUUCAGCCACGUGUGAACAAAUGCCUCUAAGCUGAUUUGUUUUCUAAAAUAAAUCUAGUUUGAGUCCUAA